AUUCUCGUGGCCCCACAUCUGGGCGCAAGGCCGUAAUCUGACCAUCGACAGAGCUAUGUGACUUGGAUGACAAAAAUGAAUCAUGUGAAGCUCUAGUUACCAUUUUCAUUGGCUGAAUCUGGGUAACUGCUAACGCACCCCCUGACAGCCACUUGUGCGGGUGGACUGUGCCGUCAUGCAUCCAUUUGGCCGGGAGGAGCAAAGCUCCAGAGCGGACCUCUUCCACUUCUUCACACAGUGCUUACGUCACGGGGAAUGGGAGUUAGCUGCUGCCUGCAUGCGCCAACUCAGUCAGGCUGCCGAAGUCCUUCCGUGGAGCCUCAGCGACAUAAUCACAGCUGUCAUAACACACCCUUACCCACUCCCGUGGGAAACGGUGGGAAGUCCUCACAGACUAGCCUGGUUCUGGCUGCAGAUCCUUGACAGACAUGCAGAAGGCAAGGUGCCUGUGUCUGUCAGGAGAGAGCUGGCCUUCCUGCUGCUUUUAGAGGAGCUCGGUGAGGAGGUACCUCUGACUAUUCUGAAGGAGCUCCACCAGGCCUUCCUAGAUGCCGAGCUCGCCAAGCAGAAGGUCCAGACCCAGGGCCCGCCCUCAGCCCUGGGAGCUCCUGCCCUCAGCCCCACUUCCCUGUCCUGCAUCCGCUCAGUGCUGUCGUGCCGCAGCCCGCGGCUGGCCCAAGCUCUCCUGGGAUUCCUGGGCCGCGCGGAGUCGUGCAGCGAGGGCAUCUUCCUGCGGCGUCUGCGGCAGCUGGAGCGGAGCGAGCACUGGGCAGAUGAGGCCUGUACUGAGCUGGCCCUGCUGCCCUGGGGGUCGGAGCUGGAGCCCUUGUGGGAGGGGCUGUGGCAGGGGCGACGGGGGCCCCUGACCGAGGAGAGAGUGCUGGGGGCUCUACUUAGGCCCCGCUGCCGAGCACUGCUCACCUCUUACUGCUCCACUGCCGUGCGGCUGCUCAGGGACGAGCUGCUCCGGCAAGCGCCGCACGCACAGGUGGACUUACCCGAAGCAGAGAAGGCCAUGCUUGGUCUGUGCUGUCAUGGCGACCGGCCAGCGGUUUGGAAGGCCGUGUACUUUGAGUGUGUCAACAGUGGAAAGCACUUCGUGGAGCAGGUCCUGGUCACUGGGCUUGACCUCAUAAAGAGGGAGGAAUUCUCGAAACUGCAGGCAUUACUCGGGGCGGAGUUUCAGCCGCUGUCCCGCCUGCUGCUGUUACUCGGCUGGGUGCACUGUCAGAGCCUUGACUCCGCCCAGACGCUUCUCAGGGUGCUGCACCAACAGCAGGCCCAGUCUAAUGAUGUGGUACUCAGCGAGUUUGCAAACCUUCUAUCUUCUCAGCUAGGGGUUUUAGAAUGGUGUGCCAAAAAUAACCCAGUGAUAGGCCACGAGGCCCUGGUGUCUCUCCUACAUGCUCUGGAUAACCACUCCGCUCUCUAUGUACUCCACUGCCUCACUCCCCUGCCUCAGUAUGAAGAGCAGAGUGUGCUGGAGCUCCUGCAGACAGCAGGAGACCCAUCGCUAGGCGACAGCCAGAGCAGCUCUGCCCAGCGCAAUGUCAUCCUGUUCAGGGGCUUCUGUGCCAUGAAGUACGCCGUCUACGCCGUGUGCGCGAACGCGCGCCCACCCUGCGGGGACCCAGACCACAGCCCGCACCAGCUGCAGGUGGGGGAGCAGACUCCGGAGAGCCAGGCCCCCAGAGAACCCUCGUCCCUGUGCCAGGAGUACCUGUUGGAAUGUCAGCUCUACCUGGAGUCAGUGCCUGCGAUGUUUCGCCUGGAACUACUGGAGAACAUCUUCUCCCUCCUCUUCCUGUCUGACUCGGACUUCAUCCGAGAGGCAGAGUCGGCUGGCGGCGAGACGAAGCAGUACGCCGAUGGCAAAGACGAGCUCCAGGGCGGCGAUGCCGGCUCGAAAGAGCAAGCGAAGGGUGGUGUGGCGGGGGGCCGGGCCCGGGCCCGAGCCCGAGCCCCCGGGCUGCCUGGCAUGGUUCCGGGAUGCCGCGGCUUUCUGCUGGACGCCCGCGGGGUGGAGGAUGUCCUGCGGCUGCUCAGGCAGGGUCUGGAGGGCGUGUGCACGCUGUCCCAUUCCGACAGCCGAGUGCUGGGUGCCAAGGUCGCUGAGAGCUUGGGCUGCUCAGUAACCGCGGAGACAUUUGCCGCACGACUGCAGAGAUUGUCUAAGUGCACAGCCGAGGCGCAGUGGAGGCUGCAGGUCGUCACCAGUAACUAUGGCAUCGGUGUAGGUGGGCUUGCUGCAGCCUCCCCUGUGGUAAGCUCUUCCCAGUCUCUGAGGCGUAGCAAUAGCAGUGGUGUGUCUGGGGUCAGGAAGAAGAAGCGAAGCCAUCGUCAUCGCUCUGACCGAAACAUCACCUCUGAGCGGCAAAAUGGAGAGAUCAGCACCAGUACUUCAGAUGGGGGCGGGAGCGGAGCUGCAGGCGUGUGUGUGGAGCACGACACGUGUGUGUGCGGAGGGUCGCACAUCUGGCUGGUUCCUGCCUUGUUCUCCCCGCCGGAGUCUCUACUCAUCUCCUGCAUCCGCAGGGACAACUACGUGGAGGCCCACCAGGUGAUGCUGAUGUUUGGCUUGGAGAACGCGCCGUGCUCCGGGGAGCUGCUCUUCAUGGAGCGCUACCGUGAAGUCCUGACUCAGCUUGCCCAGGUGGAGCAGAAGAUCGAGAGUCAAUCACUCUCUUCCUCAUCAUCAUCCUCGGAGGGGCUGGGCUCUGGUGGGGGGGCGGGGCCUGGGAGGACCAGACUGGCCAGCAGCAGCCGCUCCACACUACAGAGCAUCGGCAACGCAGCUGCAGCAGGCAUGGCCUUCUACUCGAUCUCGGACGUCGCUGACCAGCUGCUCAGCACACCUGCCCGCCCCGUGCCCUGCCUCGAGGAGGGCUACUGGCUUGCGCAACCCCUCCCCGACUCCUCGGGCCUCCUGCGCCUCCUGCUGCAGGAGCUGAGCCCCGCGAGCAUGGCCGCCUUCGACCUGGCAUGCUGCCAGUGCCAGCUGUGGAAGAGCUCGCGGCAGCUGCUGGAGACAGCCGAGAGGAGGCUCCACGCCUCGCUGGAGGGCCGAGGUGUGAAGGUGAACUCCAUGGUUCCUCACUCUGAAGGAGUUUGUGGCUAUCCUUCUGUGUUGGAACGUAUCGGCAAGAUUCUUAACAGAACAUCUGCCAGCAAAGGACCAGCAAAACCAGAUGGUAGUGGAGAGGAGGGUGUGCCCCAGGCUCCGUUUGGCUGUAGUGCCCAGGAUGUGCUGCUGUGUUGUCACCCAUCCCUGACGGAGGAGGUCAUCGCCGGACGCCUCGCCCUCAUCCAGUGCCUGGAUGUCACCCUGCAGACCCUGGCCGCCGCCAUGGACGCGGCUGGUGAAGGCCAGUCAAACAGUGCCGUGCUGUCCUUCCUGCUUGACCAGGCUGUGCUGAAGCCGUCCGAGCUGGACUCGCACCCCGUGCGCUUGGCCAUGAAACAGCUGCUGCGUUCGCUCGACCAGCUCGAACAGCUCGGCCUGCCUCAGCCGGACAGCGCCCCACACAGGCCGGACUACGUCCGCAGCUUCCUGGACUAUGUCAACAUGCUGGCGAAGGUGCUCGUCCGCAGCCUGAGCUCCGAGGAUCAGAGUGCAGAUGUGAAGCUGGGGAAUCCUCUCCUCGUGCUGCUGCAGCCACCUGCCCAGCUGCUGUCGCACUUGCUCUUCGAGAGGCAGGUGGCACCUGACAGGUUGUCAUCUCUGCUACAUCAGGAAGGCCUGCAUGUGAGCGUCCAGCAGGUCAUAGUUCAGCGCUGCUGUGAGCCCCUCCCCCUCUGGGACCCCCGCUUUCCGAAGGUCAUGGGGGCCAGCGUGGGCGGCGCCUUCUGCCCUGCCAGCAUCUCCGCCCUCCUACAGCAGCAUGCCCAGGAGUGCGUGCCUGCCCUCGAACUCUCCGACCCCACCUCUGCGUCCGACCCCGGCUCGGCGUCCGACGCCUCUGUUGAAGCCGCUGACCCUCCGAACCCUUCCGCCUCCCCUCCUUCCCUGUCUUCGUCCCCGCCUUCGUCUUCCUCCUCCUCCUCUUCCUCCUCUUCCUCGCUCUUCCUCCUCACGCCCUCCGCGAUCUCCUUCCUGAAGUCCCGCUCGGCCCUGGCGGCAGCGCUCGCGUGCCUCUCCGCUGGCCGGGCCGAGGUGGUCCGCUCCGAGGUGACCUGGCCGGCCCUGUCGGGGUGGACCGGCCUGCCCUCGUACUUCCGGAGCGCGGUGCGCAAAGAGGCGGUGCUCGACAGCGAGCAGAUCGCCCGCGAGGGCGAGGCCUUGCUCCGGGACUACCCGGUCCUGAGGGCCUACUUGCGAGACAUGGUAUCGCCACUGCUGGGGGCCCGGCUGGGCGUGGCCGAGGGCGAAGACGGCCUCGGGGCAGUGCUGUGCGGCAAGGCCGUGGUGGGGAUGCUGUUCUCUGGGCUGCAGGAGGGGGCAGGGCAGUUGCUGGCAGCCCACGCCUUCCAGCAGGCCCUAAGCGGUGGGGACCUCGACCGAGCCCUGGCCCUGCUGGAACUCUACGCUCAGAGCUGCAGCCAGCAGGAGGUGCUGCGGGACAGGCUGCUUGCAUGCACUGCACUGGAGGAUGCAGGCGCCGGUGGCCCCGAGCGACUGAUGCGUGUGUGUGACCAUGAACUCCGCGCUCGGGCGGCGCUGCAGGGCUUGGAGCAGUGGCCGCUGCAAAGCUGCCUUCACCUGCUGCGCUUCUGCCUCUCCGCCUCCGUCGACCCAGACGACGAGCUCACGCUGCAGCUCCGGCUGAAGAAACGCGAACUCGACAUGUACCACGGGAUCCUGAGCUUGCAGCCUCCACUGAAGUGGCACACAUGGCAGGAGCUGAGGGAUGAGUCCAGGAGGAACCCAGAGGACAUGUUGACCCUGCUGCUGCACACCCAGGACUUUGAGCUGUGUUCUCAGUGGGUGGAGCUAUAUCCUGUUUCAGAGCAGUCAAGGCUUCAGCUCCAGACAGAGAGCCUGCUCCAUCUACUAGACAAAGGCCACUCUGAGGAAGCCUUCCAGCUCCUCGAGAGCCUCUCUGAUUCGCUCGCUUUGGAGGUCAGCGAGCACGCUCUUGAUCGAAGGCCUGGAUUGGCUGCCUGCCACUUCUUGUCCGACUACCUCACGCUGCACUUUCAGAGUCGAAUGACCCCAGCACGCAGACGUCACAUAAACGCCCUGCAUCUUGGCUCUAAGGUGCUGCUGACGCUUCCGGAAGCUUCCCGGCCAGACUACUUCCAGCUUCUCGCCGAACCCCUUCUCAUGCUCGAGCAGCUCCUGAUGAACCUCAAGGUGGACUGGACCUCGGGCGCCGUCACCACGCUCCGGAACCUUCUGCCUGCCGAGGAUGCUGGCAUCAGCGGGCAGCAGAUCGACGCGCUGCUGGCUGAAUACGCCCACAAGGCCCUUGAAUUCCCCUAUGCCCCACGGGAGAGGUCACGGAGCGAUUCCAUCAUCAGCCUGCAGGAGGCGCUGCUUCAGUGCCCGGCCAUGGAUGCAGCUCCACUUUCCCCGAACCACACGCCACCUUCCUCAUUAGGUAGUACUCCCAUGCACACUCCAUCUAGCUCCGCCCACAGCCGAGAGUGGGGUUCCAGCGGCAGGAGGUCACGCCCCUCAACCGCCCUCUUCACACCCCCAGAGAAAAUGCCAGAUCGCAAAGACUGGAUACCCGACCACCAAAAGCAUAUAUGCAUGGUGUGCCAGAGAGAGAGGUUCACCAUGUUCAACAGGCGACACCACUGUAGGCGCUGUGGGAGGCUGGUGUGUCACGCCUGCUCCACCCACAGGAUGGCAGUGGAGGGCUCGGAGGAGGCCGUGAGAGUGUGUGAUGAGUGCUACAACUUCUACCACCCCGACUCAGAUGACGAGCUGGAGCAAAUGGAAGCAAUUGGCAGCCCUGUCUCCAUCGAUGGAGUUUUAGACGGGGUUGUCGAUAUCCCCGAGAUUCCUCAGAAGCAGUACCGGCUCAGCCCGGACCCGGCAGAGAACCAGCAGCUGCAGAGUGAAUUCUACUACGAGCAGGCCCCCAGUGCCUCUCUCUGUGUGGCAAUCCUCACCCUGCACAGCGACCACGCCACAUGUGCCCACCAGCUGAUUGGCCACUGCCGCUCGCUGUCCCGCCGGCUGACCAAUCCCGAGGUGGAUGCCCGCCUCCUGACUGACAUCAUGCGGCAGCUGCUGGUCAGCGCCAAGCUGAUGUUUGUCCGGGCGGGACGCAGCCAGGACCUGGUCCUCUGUGACAGUUACAUCAGCAAGGUGGACGUGCUGAAGAUCCUGGUCAGCGCCAACUACAAGUACAUCCCGUCCCUGGACGACAUCCUGGAGAUGGCGGCGGUGAUGCGACUCAGGAACCAGCUGUUGGAAGCUGAGUACUAUCAGCUGGCCGUGGAGGUGUCCACCAAAAGCAGCCUGGACACCAGCGGCGUGUGGCAUGCCUGGGGCAUGGCAAUGCUGAAGGCCGGCUGUCUUGGUGGCGCCCGUGAGAAAUUCUCCCGCUGCUUGAAGGCUCCGGUGGACCGUAACCAGCUAAACCUGGGCCCCCGGCUGCUGCAGGAGGUCGUCCAGCACCUGGAGUCCAGCGUGCGACUCACGCAGGGCACGGAUAUCCGUGUGCGUGUGCGUGCAUGGGGGUGUCUGCAGGCAGUCAGUGAGGAUAUUCUAGCGUCCCUGACGGAGCUGGAGCUCAUCCUCCGUGACCAGGCUGCCAUGGAUCGGCCGGAGGGCCAGGUGCAGCGCUGCAGCCACUACCAGGAGUGCCUGUACUACCUGCUUACGUACGGGACGCACCUCAGCCUCGUCAGCUUCUACCUGCGUCACGACCGCCUGCGAGAUGCUCUCACGCUCCUGCUUAGCAAGGAGUGCCCCGAGGAGGUGUUCCUGGAGGGCGUGCUGCAGCCAUGCCUGGAGCGGGGCCGUCUGGGGGUCCUGCAGGGGUUGCUGGAGAGCCUGGACCCCACGCUCGAGAGAUGGGGCCACUACCUGCUGGCAGCCUGUCACCAGCUGCAGCGCAAGGCCCAUUACCACACACUCUACCAGCUCCAGCAGUUUAUGAUGGACCACGUGCGUGCCGCCAUGACGUGCAUCCGGUUCUUUGUGCACGGCGCGCGCUCCUACCUGCAGCUGGGCGAACAGCAGCGCUGGCUGGUGCGGGCCACUGAGCAUCUGCGUGCCUAUCUGCAGCAGCAGCAGCAGAGCCGGCGGAGGAUGACGCCCCCGGGCUCCGCCCCAAACCCCGCCCCCACCACUGCGACCUUCCGGAAGAGGAUGAGCUCCAGCGACGUGUCCAGACACAUGAACACUAUUGUGCUGCAGUUGGAAGUGACACGCUUCCUGCAUCGCUGCGAAAGCUCCUCCCCCACUCGAUCUGCUGUUAGCCCCACCCCUGCCGGGAAUAGUGGUCCACCCACCCUCUUUGGGGGAAGUCCAAUGAAGAUGGAUGUGGCUUGCAAGGUGAUGCUGGGGGGUAAGAACAUCGAGGAGGGGUUUGGCAUCGCGUAUCGAGUCAUACAGGACUUCCAGCUGGAGCCGCGGGUGGUGUACGUGCGCGUGGGCCAACGGCUGGUGCACCAGCAUCAGUACCACGCCGUCCGGCAGCUGCUCAAGUGCGUCGGCGAGUCGGGAGCGGCUACGAAAAGUGACUGCGAUGCCAUCAUUCUCAGCUGCGUCUCGGCCGCCGAGAAGAGUCCCGCUGAUGCCAAAGAACUGGAGUCUCUCAUUUUGGAGUCCAAAAGCCCUGAGAUCAAGAUAAAGGCAUAUCUGCAGUGCAGUAAACUCAGAGCAGCGUACCUCCUGGCUGUAAAGCUGGACUCGACAAAGGCGGGGCCCCAGGUCCAGGAAGUGCUCCAGGCUGCUGAGAGUUCAGGCGACUCCAUCAUGCAGGACAUCUGUCGCCAGUGGCUCUCUGAACAUCAGGAGCAGUUGUCUCGCCAACGCCACGGCCACAACAGGUAGCCCAUGUCAGCAACUGCCACUCAACUCUUGCUCCCAUUGGCUCCUGGGGAUUGAAGCUCCGCCCUGCUCUGCUCCGACUGGCUGGAGUGGGUGUGCGUGAAGCUGCUUAUUUAUUUCCCAGGAAGCGAAUCACCAAGGUGCCACCCCUGUCACGUGAUCAGGUCUGUUGACUUUAGGGCCAAAUCCAACAACUUUCCACCUUUCCACACUUCUGAAAGUGCGGUAUUAUCCUUGACCUCAAGUCUAUUUCAGUGCUUCCUGCGAAUUUAAGAUUGUCUUGCAGAAGCACUUGAUGGCAGCAUGGGUUACCCACUCGCCUUAAGCAUGUGUGGCCAGUAUUUAACAAAAUCACACAGUCCAGACUACAGAACAGUUCAACCGACAGCUGACGAGCUCUGCUAAUGCAACGUGGCAUUUGGUGCCCGCUGCUGGAGUUUACUUCUUUCGAAACCACUGACAGAUUCACAGCACCUUUCACUGUCCAACCCAAACACGCAAAGGGAUCCAAUUUGCAACGUUCUGUGACGAUUACCCCAACCUUCCAGGCAAGUCACUUCUAAUCUGAGACCAGACUCGCUCGAGCCUUGGCAGUAAGGCAGUAAUCCUAGCUCAGAUGGAUGGGGUUCUUCCACAGGGUUCUCGUUUGACCCCAGAGCACUUCAGCUCCAAACAGGGUACUGUGUGUGUGUGUGUGUGUGUUAUGCAUCAACUGACCUAUUCAUCAAGAUAUAAAAUAGUGAUAUGGAUAAUAUAAUUGAUCCAGUCCUCUUACUCUUAAUACAGUAUGUUUGAUGAAUAGAUCUUGAAAGAAAUGUGUUGCAUGGUUUGAGAAGUCCCGUCUUUUUUUGUUGCCUCUGUGAUGGUAUAGGCUUUUUGUGUAAAGUCUGCUUUGAAAUGCCACUUUUUACCCACAAUCCUCAGUAAAGGGAAUCCAAUGUCUUGGGGAUGAGUGCAUUACUGAAAAAAUCUUUUUGGAGGGAUCCUGUGUAUAGCACAAGAGUUUGAAUAGUGCUCAGGUUAUGAAACUAAACAAAACAAGCAGCCUUCGAUGUUUUGUACCAACGCAACGUUAUUUGGGCAUUUUUCAGCACUACUCUUCUUGGAUGUUUAGGCUUUGUAAAGUCAAUCUAGCAAUUAUGUUUGUGUGUGCGCGUGUGUGUGCGUGUGUGUCAGAAUUUGCAUUGCCACUUUAUUUGAUAUAUUGUUACUUGUUUAAUUUGUAUGAAUAGGCCAUACUGUGUGUGUGGGUUUAGGUGUGUUUUUUGUAUCUCUGACUCACCUGUAAUUCACAGCUUUUCUGAGACACAUCCACUCCACUAACAGUACAGUUUAGUGUGUGGGUAGAGUUAAUCCACUGCUAGAAGGCUAUUGGUCGUGGGAGUUUCUAUUCUCUUGCUUGUUUUCAGUCACUUUCAGUUGGUAUAUGGGGAAAAUCUAAUAAGAGACAAAUAAGAGACAUUUGCUUUUUUCUGUCCAGACACAGUAAUGUCAGGUAAUGAUGGAAAUGUGAUAACUAACUUAAAUAUCUGUUUACCCUGUCUAUGCACACAAAAUAAAAUAAGCACUGGAAUAAAUAAUACUGUUAGUUUUAAUAAACUGACCAUUGAACAAGCUAUAAA